AUGAAUUCUACAACUUCCAUUAAUGAACUCAUGGGUUCUACCCACACUUUUUCCACCCAAAAUUUCCCAAUCUCAAAAAUCAAAACUCUAGAAAUCUUCCUUGCACUAUCAACUUUCAUCACCAUACAUUCUAUAAGGCAAAGAAAGCAUCAAGGAUUACCCACAUGGCCAUUACUAGGAAUGCUCCCUUCUUUGAUUCUUGGUCUUAGACACAAUCCAUACGAAUGGUUCACCGAUCUCCUUCGCCGUCGAAACGGGACAUUUAUAUUCAAAGGACCAUGGCUAAGCAACCUCCAUUGUGUUCUUACGGCUAACCCCUCUAACAUUGAAUACUUGCUCAAGACCAACUUCUUGAACUUUCCUAAGGGUGAUUAUUACAAACAAAACAUGGAAGAACUGCUCGGUAACGGAAUCUUUGCAGCUGAUUAUGAAACAUGGCAGCAACACCGGAAGAUCUUAAGCAUGGAAUUUCAUACUCCAAGAUUCCAGGAACUAACGGUGCAAUCAUUACUUCAAUUAGUCCAUUCCAGACUCAUCCCUAUAAUGGAAGAUUCCAUAAAGAAAUCCACAGUUAUAGACUUACAAGACAUUCUUCUUCGCUUAACAUUCGAUAAUGUCUGUAUGGUCGCCCUCGGUGCAGAUCCUGGGUGCCUAUCAUCUCCAUUACCCGACAUUCUUUUUGCUCGUGCAUUCGAGCACACGACUGAAACGAUCUUAUUUCGUUUUUGCACUCCAACUUGUGUAUGGAAACUAAUGAGAUAUUUUAAUCUCGGCCCUGAAAGAGCAUUAAAAACGUCGAUUAAAAAAGUUAAUGAAUUUGUGGAUGAAAUUAUUCGAAUUCGAAAAAACGAGAAACUUAAGGAAAGAUCUGAUUUGCUUGCUGUUCUUAUGAAAUUAAGGGACGAUGAAAAAUUUUUAAGGGAUGUUUGUGUUAAUAUUAUUAUUGCUGGAAGGGAUACUUCAUCUGUGGCAAUUAGCUGGUUUUUUUGGCUUCUUGAUCAACACUUAGACGUGGAAAAGAAAAUUUUGGAUGAGAUUCAUAGGAUUAUAAGUGAAAGGGGAGAUUUUAAGGAAGAUGAUAGAGACUGUGUCGUGUUUCAGCCAGAGGAAAUUAAGAAAAUGGAGUAUUUACAUGCUGCUAUUUCUGAGGCUUUAAGGUUGUACCCUUCUGUGCCUAUAGAUCACAAAGAGGUGGUAGGAGAAGAUAUGUUUCCAGAUGGAACAAUUCUGAAGAAAGGAACUAAAGUAUUGUAUUCCAUCUACUCAAUGGGAAGAAUGGAAAGUAUAUGGGGAAUGGAUUGCAGGGAAUACAAACCGGAAAGAUGGCUUAAAAAUGGUCAUUUUAUGAAUAAAUCAGCUUUUAAGUUUACAGCUUUUAAUGGUGGACCUCGACUUUGUUUAGGGAAACAAUUUUCUUAUUACCAAAUGAAGUUUGUCGCUGCUUCUCUUAUUUUUCGUUAUCGAGUUCAGGUUGUUCAAAAUCAACUGGUUCAACCAAGACUUGCUUUGACUUUGUACAUAAAACAUGGCCUAAAAGUAAAACUCACACGCCGAUCUUAA